GGCUCCUCCUGCUCCUCCUGCUCCUCCGGCUCCUCCUCGCCGGUGUUAGCGGCAGCAGGAUCAGGAUGUGUGGCUGUGUUCUGGUGUAGGAUGGAUCAGGACUGCGGUGUGUGGUGUUCAGGGAGUUUCCUGUCACUGAGUGAACAGGAGCAGAGCUUUUACUCAGGGUUACACGGACUGUGUCAGAGUCACACUGUUACUGUUACUGCUGCUGCUCCUGCUGCUCCUGCUGCUCCUCAUCUUCAUCAUCCUCUUCCUCCUGCUCCCGCUCCUGCUGCAGAAAACACCGGGAACCUGUCGUCUGUGAAGGUGGCGGAGCUGUUUAAGGCGUCCGGACUUCAUCCUGAGCUUCUGCACAGAGUGACUGAGGUGUGUGGCGCGAGGCAGCUGGGUUACUUCGGUACGCCUCAGUUCUACGUGGCUCUGAAGCUGCUCGCCGCCGCUCAGGCAGGUUUGCCUGUUCGCCUGGACAGUGUCACAGCCACCAAUCUACCUCUGCCCAGAUUUGUGGGGAUGAAGAAUGAAGCAGAGAUGAGAUACUCGUCGCUGCCUCUCUGUGCAGAAGCUCAGUGUGGAUCAGGGUCGUGGACUCCGGCUGACAGAAGCAGCUUCAGGCGCCUGGAGGCCACCGUGGAGAAGAAGGAACCCUGGUCUCCGCCUCGAUCACCACACACUUCCCCGCCUCUCUCUCCAGCGACGUAUCGCAGCUACUCGUGCGUCAAACACAAAAAUGGAGCCGACUCACAAAUCAUCUAUGAAGGGACGCAGACAAAAUGGCCGCUGGCUCAGCUGGAGCAGCACUCCUCCCCCAACAAGUACGCAUCCAAACCCACGGUGGAACAUCCUGUCAUGACCCGGGCUUCUUCAUCAGAGAGGAUAAACCGUCCAGAUGUGGAUGAUUAUUGUGACACUGACCCCUGGAGGAUCACAGAGGAACAGCUCGACUAUUACACCAACCAGUUCAGGAGUCUUCAGCCGGACCUGGGCGCUCUGAUCCUCGGAUCUGUGGCCAAAAACUUCUUCACUAAAUCCAAACUCCCCAUCCCUGAACUGUCACACAUCUGGGAGUUGAGUGACGUGGACAGAGAUGGCGCUCUAACCUUCUCUGAGUUCUGCACAGCGUUUCACCUGAUUGUGGCGAGAAAGAACGGCUACGCUCUGCCGGAGAGUUUACCUGUGACUCUGAGACCUCAACAAGAGGAGGAGCAGGAGGAGCAGGAGGAGGUGAUGAAGAUGAAGGAGGAGGAGAACAUGGUCGACACUCCUGCAAGCACAGAGCCGCUCAUCGUGUUUGAGGACGACGCUGCACCUCGACACAGUCACAUGAGUCGCAGCAGAUUUGAGACGAGUUUAACAAAACAAUCUUUAAAAGAAGAAUCGUGUCAACAAGACGAUGAUUUGACGAGAGCGACGACGUCACAGCAGAAACCUGUUCUACCAAUCUGUGCUUUUCCUCAGAGACCAGAACCUCCUCAGGAUCUGGACCCACAGAUGAGGACCAGAACCAGGCCCAGGUCUUACUCCAGCACAUCCUUUGAAGACGCUCUGAAGAAAACCGAGGAGCCUCCGACGCCUCCACCACGACCCCAGAAGACCCACUCCAGAGCCUCGUCACUGGACCUCAACAAGCUGCUCCAGCAGGGGGCGCCAGGAGUAAAAAGUGCUGGAUGGUUACUUCCUCCCCCAGCUCUGCCUCCAAGACCGUCGGCCUCUCAGGUUUCUCAUUUCAUCUCUGCCACAGAGAAAAGUGCUCAGAGUUCAGUUCAGCAGCCAAACUUCGCUGACUUCAGUCACUUCAAAGAAGAGGAGGAGAUCAGUGUCAAACCUGAGGACCCGUGUCCACCGUCCAGAUUUGUUCCAAGCGCUGAGAACUUGACUUCAAAACAGGACGUCGUCGUGGUCGCUGGUUCCUCUCAGGUGCCGCAGAAACCAGUUCGCAAGAAGUACCACGCUGAGACUCAGAGCGCAGAGACCCUGACGCCGCCGUCGGUCCCGCCCACCGCCGCCGCGUCCUUCCCUCACCCGACAAAACCUGCUCAAAAGCAGAAGAGGGAGAUCCAGACGGCGAUCCGGAAGAACAGGGAAACCAACGCGGUGCUGACACGCCUCAACAGUGAGCUCCAACAACAACUCAAGGUGGUUCACCGGCAGAGAGUCGCGCUGGAGUCGCAGCUGGAUCUGCUGCGACCUCUGACCUCCACAUGACGGAGUCAGGGGUUUGAAUCCCGUCACUGAUGUUCACCCGUGUCUCUGUGUGAGUGAAGACACACAAAAGGGCUGAUGAUCGACACAACAGUUACACACUGAAUUUUCCUUGAUUUGACUUUUAACUGUCGUGUAUUUUUUUAAAAUCAUUGAUGUAAAAUAUCUCGUUAACUUAUUUUUCUCCCCGUUCUUUUUGAGUUACUUCACCGGAGAAAACACAUGUAACAUUUUACUGUUAAAAUGAUUCAGGUUCAGGUUUUGUUUUGUGUUUUAAAUGUGGUUGUGUGACGUGCUGCCGGUCUGUUUGAGCGCCCCCUGCUGCUUUAGACACCGAGGCUCACUCUCAGUGAAAACAUG